CACGUCAUCCACCAUUAGUAUUUUGGCGCUGGCUACAGCAGCCCAGAGAGCUUUCGUUACUACUUUUAUUUCAUCUGCAAAGUCCCUGUAAGGGACACAAUACCUGUGUUACAAGGGAGCAAACGUUCCCUUGUUGUUUUUUGUACAUUUUUAACCUAACAUUUCCCAAAACCUUGGACACAAACAACGAAAAAGUACCAUUUGAGCUUCGUCAGUUUCAUUAUGGCUUUGUGAGAAUUUUGCGCCAUGUUUAUGCAAGAAUUGGUCGAAAACGUCUUUUCUCCUGUUGGAGUGACCGUUUGUUGCGCUUCAGUUUUUAAUUCAAAACUUCACAGAACAGAAAUUUGGGCAGUGGAUGAGCAAGGAGUGCGAGGAGAUGGAGGGAAGAACAGCUACGCCGAAAGGAGUAGUUCCCUCUUCACAGCUGAAUGGGAAGGAACCAGCCCUGAGAAGUAAAGGGAACUGGAGAGGUAGAAAUAGGAGAGGACAUAACAGUGGUAGAUAUCCCAGUCAAGACCGUUACAGACAACAGAGGGACUCCUAUGAGAAGAGAGAUGGGUUCAAUCAACCACAGAGACGUGGAGCUAUGCCAGACAGGAGGCCCCCAGCAAGAAGUUUCUAUCAGUCUAGUGUAGAUUCAAAAAGGGAAUCUGUCUCAAAUGUACUACAAGACAAUCCAGUGACUGGUCCUACUGCUGGGGCUAAAAAGUAUGGCAUGUCACUCAAUCACCUUUUGAACUUCAAGUAUGCACCAAGGGAAAAGCCCCUUGCUUAUCUCCCCAGAAAUGGUCGCAAAAAGUACACUCCAUUUAAUAAAGAACAGUUCAUCCAAGCUAACUUUCAGUUUGUAGUGUCAGAUUGUGGUGAUUAUGAAAUUCAUGGUAUGGAUCCUGAUGUGCUUGUAGAGUGGGAUUUGAUUGAACAAGUGCGAAUCUUCAGCCAUGAGGUGCCAUCAUGCCCAAUCUGUUUAUAUCCCCCUGUGGCAGCCAAGAUAACCCGAUGUGGCCAUAUCUACUGUUGGUCUUGUAUUCUUCAUUACCUAAGUCUGAGCGACAAUUCUUGGCACAAGUGUCCCAUAUGUUUUGAAGCUGUCCAUAAAAAGAACUUGAAGAGUGUUGUUGCCAUGGAAUCACACCCAUUUUCAGUAGGUGAUACUAUCACCAUGAGGCUUAUGAAGCGAGCUAAGAACUCUGUGCUUGCCAUUCCUAAAGCCCAAUGGCACGAGAGGGAAUUGAAGCCUUUUGGUUUCAGUGAUAAAGUAGAUAUCCGUUAUGCAAAACUACUGCUGGCUUCUCCUGAUGAAGUUUUGAAACAGAUUGUUGAACCUGAAGAGACAGCACUGAAUACACAGCUUGUUGAAGCCAAAAGUGAACAGUCAGAGGAAGUUUGUUACAUUGAGGUAGCACUGGAAGAAAUUAAGGCUCGUCAUGAAAGUCUGAGUAAAUCAAAGGAUUGUGUGGACGAAGUGAAAAGCCUUAUGGAAAGGACAUUGCAGUGUGAGGAAGAGGAUUGCAAAGAUGUUAAAGAAGUUACCAGUUGGAAAGUACUUUCCCCAGGGGCAAUUCAGGAUGUUGGCGAGUAUGAGGCAGCCUUCUCUGAUGAAGAAGACGGAGUUGCACAGGGGGAAGAACAAGAAUCGGAUGUUGAUGUAAUUGAUUCAUUAUCUAAAGAAACCUGUAAAACAACCGAGGUCGUGGAAGAUAUUGAUGAGGUCGCUUCCCCUAGGAGAGCACGAGAACACAGCAGUGAGAGUACAUCAGGAGAGUCUAGUUCAGAGUCUUCAAGACCUUUAUCUCCUGGUGCUGUCACAACUCAGCACUACUACUUCUAUCAAGCUGAUGAUGGCCAAAAUGUGUUCUUGAGCUCUAUCAAUGCACGCUGCUUGAUUAAGGAGUAUGGGAGUCUGGAGUAUUGUCCAGAAUUCAUUACUGGAGAGAUUGUGGAAAUGCAGGCCUUGACCCAGAGUGAGGCUCUUCGCAAGCAGUUCCGUUACAUGAGCCAUCUUCCUCUGACCUGUGAGUUUGUUAUUUGUGAACUGGACAUCAAACCACCUGUUGUGUCACGCCAAACUCUCAAUUUCUUCAGAGAGGAGCUUCAACGCAGAAGACAGCAGAGGCAGAAAAAGUUAAAGAUGGAGAAGAAGAAAGAGCAUAAAAUUUCAUCCAGUGAUUCUUCUUCAUACAGCUCAGGGAGAUUCACUAGUGAAUCGCUAGUUCCAGAACGCUUAGAUCUUGGCAGUGAGUUAGAGUUCCCGGCUCAGCACGGUCCAUUGGCUUUCUCACCACCCGGUAACUCGUCGCCCAGCCCAUUCAUGCAGUUUGCAGCCUCCAUGGCUAGUCAAGAUGAAGGUUAUGCUGCCGCAGGAGAAACAGAUGGAGCCAGUUUGCAGGAUAAUUUGGGACCAAACCCUCCAUCUUUUGCCGAGGCUCUGAGGUCCAAGAAGGCUGUUGAUAUUCCGAAACGCAGGGAGAAGCCUACUUUAGCAGCAUCAGCGAGGAAGAACACAGAAGACGAAGACGAGGAGGAUUGUGCACCAGUGCCUACUUUCCAGUCUGCCUUCACCGAGGCCCUGGGCGCGACUGAUUGGACCAGAAGUAGUUUUUACCAGGAAAGUCAAGGCGCCACAGGGGAACGGAGCAGUGGAAAGAAGCAGAAGAAAACCAAAAAGAAACUUCUUUUUACCACAGGAAGUUUCAUGAAGUAUUCCUAAAACACAAUUUGACUUAACCUUUGAAGCGGUCGGGUUAUUCAUGCAGACCUUUGAAGUAGGGUUAAUUUGAACCUAAGAAUUGUAUUUUAAAAAAAAUACGCUUGUCCUGUUCAGAGAGUAAUUCUCCGCCACGAGCGUCUACUGUAUUAUCACUGAAAACGUUUGUCGAUAAUAAAUAGUUACGAGAGACCAGA